UCUUCGACGCGAUGUUCGACCUUCCCCAACCAAGAAGAAACCACUCCGACGAGACAUUCGACGGCCUAGACGUAAUUCAGGUGUCGGAGAACAACAGGACGCUCGACAUGUUGCUGAGAUUUUGUUAUCCGGCUGCAAUAAAAGAUCCUAGUUUGGAGGAUAUGAAUGACGUGGAAGAAGUCUUAGAAGCUGCAAUGAAAUACGGAAUGGAAGAGAUUGAAGAAAGGGUGAGGAAAGCCAUGGUUGCCCCAUCCCUCCUGGAGAGCAACUCCGCGCGCCUCUUUGCAAUUGCAUGUCGAUAUGGUCUCGAACCGGAAGCUAGGAUCGCUGCAAGAUAUUCGCUCCAUCAUCCGGCCCCGACGCAGGAUACCCAUGCCAUAACAUGCCUUCCUAAUGAUGUCAUGAAGGGUCUUGCCGCAUAUCGCUCGAAGUGUAGCCACGCUGCCAGAACGCUUUGCGACAAUCUGGACUGGUUAAAACAAUCACAGACCCACAGUUUCUACGAGUGGUGGACAAACUGUUGUUCAUGUGACUCGAAGGCGGAUGUCAGAUACAUGACACAUGGAACCUAUCCACGAGAGUGGUUGGCAGAUUACAUGGACGAGACAUCCAUUGCCUUGGAAGAGUCUCCUUGUGGGGCAGCAGUGACGAAAAAUUUGGCAAAAGCUGUCGAGAGGGCAAGCAAUUGUCCCUCAUGUCGGCGGCGUGCGCAUGACCAGAUGGUUCAAUUUACCGAGACUUUUGUUCGGGAAUUGGACAGAGCCAUUACCAAGGUGCGCGAACAACUAAAUUGCUGUCGCUUGAAGGAUCUAAACAGUCUUCGUAGAUCCCCCUAGAUGUCACCAUCAUGAUGUGAUGAAAUGUUCGACAUGACCUGCGCUGUGCAAUUGUGUGUCAAAAACCAUCGGGUCCGCUGGGUUCAACCAUUCUGUUCGAUCGACGUCACAGUUGAACUACUUACGAUGUAAUUACCUUAUUAUCAAGGACGUAGAGUCAGCCUAUCUGCCAGUCGAAUAGGACCUAUAGAGUACUUCCCCUAUAAUGAUAGUCAAAAGACAGAUACUUACUAUCUAGAUCUGUUGCUUGGCGUCGCACAUCAUGACCAUCGUAUACCAACAUAGACACGUUCGCGCUUUACCAACGAAACUCAUAUGCAACACACUAGUCCUAUAAUCUACCGAUUCCAUCGAGUUGAGUUGGCGGUGCCGGUGAGAGUGGAGGUCUGAAGAGCGAAUCCAAGUUUAGAAUUCGAACAUCAAAGCUAAAUCCCAAAGGGGAACCUGUAUCCCUCCUAUCAGUACUUGUCAGGUCGUAUCGUGCUGUCGGUUUCCACG